UUACCAAGGCAAGAGUGCCAAAAUGGUUCUCAAGUGAACAUCCAUUUUGUUUGACAGUAGAAACGAUGUGUUGUUCUCUUUUUUAAGAAAAUCCUGUAAUACUUUCAAUUACCGUGAUGAGGUAACACUUCCAUGGACAAGGUCUGCCCUGAUAAGGGGCCAAUUUGAUGUUGCAAGACUUGGGGUUCCCAGCACCUGAAUGGACAUAAGAUUGUCUGUGCUAUCCUCUCCUUCUUUAAGGUUUCAUCUUGAGUACAAGGCAUUUUAUAUAAUAUUUCCUGGAGUAUUUCUAACUGAGACCAUAACAGAACAAAACCUCCUGAUAAAAAACAGCAGAGGGGGAUGGAAGGAGGUGACGUGGCCAGUUCCCACUGACAAGAUCAUCGUGGGACAUGUGAGGGGAAGCUGUCACUGAUGAGAUGAGAUUGUGAGAGGAGUCUCCUGACCACGGGACCCAUUCUCAGGGCACAGGUCUGCUCCGUGGCACAAGGGAGGAGGCUGAAGCAGAGCAGGGUGGCCCUGGCAUCUGUUGCCAGCCCCUUUCUCCUGGUGAGCCUGGCCCCGUGGAGACCCCAUGUGCCAGAGUUGUUUCCAGGAGCUCCGGGAGGAGGUGCUGGGAGAGGGACAAGGUGGCCACCCAGAGCAGGAGCUUCAGCAUGGCAGAGACCAGCACAACAGACUUCUCUCUGAUCUACACAACUUCUGGAUAUCUGAACUCUUCUGGAAAUAACAUGGACAUGUGCUUAACGCUAUCUUACGAAUCUCUGGUCUUUUUAGGUGUGUGUACGGGGAUUUCUUUUUGUGGAGUUGUGACGAAUGGGAUAGUCAUUUGGUUCCUGUUUUCCCACAUGAGGAACCCCUUCACUGUCUACAUCCUAAAUCUGGCUGUUGCUGACUUCUCUCUGCUCCUCCUCCUUUUUCUGCUCAUGUCGGCAUUUUUGAGCAUAACAAAUUGUUCUCUCUUUAAUCAUAUUAUGUUUUCCUAUAGAGUUCUUGAAAUUAUACUUGGAUUUCUGUGCCACUUCUUUGACCUCAGCAGCUUGGGUUUACUUACAGCAAUUAGUGUGGACCGGUGUGUCUCUGUUUUCUUCCCAAUCUGGUAUCGUUGCUAUCGCCCCAGGCACUUGUCUGGCAUUGUGAGUGGGUUGCUCUGGGCUUUUGCUGCAUCUUUUGUUUCCUCAAUGUAUCUUAGCUUUCACUUUCGUGUGCCAUAUGAGGAAGCAUUUGGAGGUAUAGCCGUUGCAAUCACUGCGACUUUAUCAUCAGUGAUGUUGAUUUCCAACCUGUCCCUGUUCAUCAAACUCCGAUGUGGCUUUCAGAGACGACACCCAGGGAAACUCUACGUUGCUGUCCUGCUCAAUGUCAUCUUCUUCUUUGUCCUUGCUAUUCCUUUCAGUGUAGAGGCAUUCCACGAUCUUCCGCUUGCAAAGGAACUAUUUCCUCACCAGGUACCUUUAUUGCUGGCAUUGCUGAACAGCAGCACCAAUCCCAUUGUUUAUUUCCUGGUGGGCAACUGCCAGCAGCUGUUCCAGUGUGUGACCCCCCUCUUGGUGAAGAACCUUUUCCCAAUAUCCAUCCUGAACCUCCCCUGUCGCAGUUUGACUCCAUUCCCUCUGGUCCUAUCGCUGGUCACCAGAGAGAACAGAUCAGUGCCUGCCCCUCCACUCCCCCUUGUGAGGAAGCUGUAGACUGUGAUGAGGUCUUCCCUCAGCCUCCUCUUUUCUAGGCUAAACACACCUAGUGACCUUGAAAUGGGAACAAGGAUGAGAGGAAAGGGACAAGAAAAGGGAAAGGGAAAGGGAAAGGGAAAGGGAAAGGGAAAGGAAAGGAAAAGGAAAAGGAAAAGGAAAAGGAAAAGGAAAAGGAAAAGGAAAAGGAAAAGGAAAAGGAAAAAAGCAAAGGACACACAGAAGCAUAUAUAGAGGAAAAAUAUAUAUUCUCUACUUCCCAUCAAUGAGCAGUGUUCAGCCACAUACUGGGAAGCAGGGCCACAAUAUGCAUGGCAGUUGUUUAGAAGGACAGAUUUUCAUAACGAGAGCACCCACUCCUCUUUCCCAUUUCCCACCUUUAAUUGCUGAGCCUGACACCAUAUGGCAUGGAAUAUCCCUUUGGCCAGUCUAGGUCAUCCGCUCUAGUGUUGUCCUUUCCCCACCUCUUGCCCACCCCCAGCCUGCUGGCUCUUGGAGCGGUUUGGAGGAUAUUUU